CUUUGCGCGCGCGGUGGGGGCCAGAGCGCGUGCGUCGGUGGGGAAGCUAGGGGCCAAUGCGAGGGAACCGCGAGACGACCGGUCACGCCCACGAGCGGCUCGCGAAUCGCUCGCGCGUUGGCACGGACCGCUGCAGCGACGCCGAGGACGUCGUUUUCUUCUCCGCGCGAGAAGAAGUCAAGAUAUCCGAGAGAGACGGGAGAUGCUAUUGCAGCCGGGAGAAGUGGGAGACGUCACGCGCCGCCGGCGGAGGGAUGUUGCUGCUUCGCUAUAUUUGCAUGCCUGCGCGCAGCGCGAGGACGGCCGAUUCUUGGAAGGAGCUGGAACACAGCGCAGUAGAUCGCCGAUAGGAAUAUCAUUAUGCGCAUACGCAAAACCGAAGCCCCGCGCGCGCAUGUGCAGCGCUGUAUCAGAUGACCGGCGAGCACGUACAUCACACGGCCGGUGUCAGUGGAAACAGCCGAGAUGGUCGGACAACGCGGUGUACAUCGAGGGAGCUGUAUUAGUCGAGGUGGCAGCACUUGGUAGCCAGUAUACACAUCCUGGAUUUUCAAUUAAACCCGACCAACAUCCCUGCGCACCGACCAAAAAUCCACUUCCCACGCGAGCUAUGACGACAGAAAAGAGAAGCAACGAGAAAAAAAAAAAGACAACAGCGAAAUAAAACUUGUCGAAGCUUCCGCAGCC